UAGCUUGACGUCCUCACCUUCAUUUCGGUAGCGACCCCUGCAAAAAUGUGAAGUAGUGAAAAUCUCGUACUGCACGUCACUGUGCGUCUUGGAAAAAUUACAUUUUUUAAGUGUUCCUACGAAUUUCAACUACAUUUUGCAAGUUUGAUCUCGUGCUGUGUGAUACAUAGAAUCAAGUGAAAAUACUCGCAUCUUGCAAUAAAGUGUACAACCAACGUUCUGUGUCAUUUUGUUAUCAACAAACCCCGUUGUGAAGCAAUCUGCAUGCAAUCCGCAACAGAGCAAGUACGGCGGUGAUUUGUGUGGUAUUCCCGGUGCCGGUAAUUUACGUGUUGUUUACGUACCGACCCUGUCAGGAUGAUGGGCAUGUUUGAGUAGUUUUUCGAAUAGUCCAAAUAUUUCGGCAGCACGUACCCGCCGAUGUGUGAGAUCCCGUCGAAGUGCGGGUAAUGUUCUGAACGUGUUGAUAUCACCAUUCAUCCGGUCGACGGGACGAUUCAUUUAUUUGUUGUGUUGAUCGGAAAAUUACGAUAUUGUCAAGUGUAACACAUUUGACAAAGACAAGAUCGUAAGGAAUUUAUGCAAUCGACCGGGGAACUACCACGAAAGGCGUGCAAAAAAACGGUUCCCGUACGUACAUUCGGUUCAUAGAUCGUCGUGUUCUGCAUCAGUGGGAAAGCAAGUCAAUCUACGGCGCACGACCCAUUUUUCGAAUCUAUUUUAGUACGGCCGACCAUCACGGUAGCAAGGUUCGCGUUUACCGAGAGUCUCAUCAAAGACACUUUCCUGCCAACGCAUUACAACUUCUACCCAUUGCUGGUCCCAUCACCGUGGAUGUGAACGUCGUGCGUAAGUGAUAAAUAUCCCCCUAAAAGACUCAAGUCUAGCUAACAGCACCAGGGGGAAGCGGAGAAAACUUUCAAAAAUACAUAAAUCAGCGUGACAAGCAAUAUAACGACCAAAAGGGAACCACUCCCUGGCACGUGACAGCCACCUUGAUCGAGUCGAGAGUUGAGCAAGAAUCGUAUCGAUUCACACGCACAAAACAAUGAAUCACGGCACCUCUGGUAAAGCCCUAUCCAAAGGCAAGGUUAAAGAGCUCAACGGACUCGUCGAGGAGCUCAUGCAGCACGGUUUCCGCGAGGCAAACACGACCGAUGAACUGCUUACCCAGCACCGGAACAUGGCUGGUGUGCUGGACCGUAUCCGGCGCAUCGAACCAAAGCUGCGCACCACGAACGGUCGAUCGAGGGUGGAAAACGUUGAUCACUUUACCCGGUGGGCAAUCGAGCAGGGCUGUCUGGUGGAGAACAUACGUGUCGCGGAACACACCGAGUAUGGUGGCCUUGGGCUGGAGUCUACCGGCCACAUCCCAGCCGGCCAAGCCAUCAUCACCGUUCCGCGAAGUUUGUUUUUCUACGUCACGAACGAACCACGCUACCGGAAGCUGCUCGAGCUAAUGCCGGGUGCAAUGAUGAGCGAACAGGGUAACAUUAUGCUCGCGCUUGCCCUCAUUAUGGAGCGGUUCCGGGCGAAGAGCUUCUGGAAGCCGUACCUGGACCUGUUGCCCGAUCGCUACACGACACCGCUCUACUAUACGACGGAGGAUAUGGGUGAGCUGACCGAUACGGAAGCGUUUCUGCCGGCCUUGAAGCUGUGCAAACAUAUUGCACGACAGUACGGAUUCAUCCGGAAGUUCGUACAGGAGAAGGUGGACGAGCUGCGGGAUUGUUUUACCUACGACGUAUUCCGCUGGGCCGUCUCAACGGUAAUGACCCGGCAGAACAAAAUACCAGUUAAUCUAGCAGAAUUCGACGGGAUGGACUUUACGCUUGCACUGAUUCCGUUCUGGGAUAUGGCUAAUCAUGCGUACCCUGACAUCAAGGAGCACGAAGACCGAUGCGUAGCGGAGACAUGUUAUAAUGCUGCCAGUGAACAGCUAGAGUGUACGCUGACGCAAGAAAUAAGUGCAACGGCCAGUGUUCCCAUCUUUAUCGUUUAUGGCAAAAGAACGGAUGCGGAAUUUCUCGUUCACAAUGGUUUUGUCUGUCCACGAAACCCGUACACGAGUGUACAAAAACGUUUUACAUUGGUACCAGCGAUUCCACUCUACAAGGAACGUUCGCACCUUCUUGAACUGCUCGGCAUACCAACGUCGGGCAUGUUCGCGUUCGGUUUAGCCACCGACAGUCUUCUGCCGGAUCCGAUCUCACCGGAACUGAUUACGUUGGCCCGUGUCUCGGCCAUGACCGAUAAGGAGCUGGAGCAUUAUACCACACUGGAUACCACGGAACGGCAACAGUUAUGCUCGUAUCAUUCGCUUCUACCCGUUGAACUGUGUGCCAGGACGGAUCGAUGGUUGGCAACGGUGAUGAAGAUCAUGCUGCUCCGUUAUCCUACCACGAUCGAGCAAGACGAAACACUGUUGAAAGCAAACCGUCAGAUGCAUCACAUCCGGCGCUUACUGGUUGAGUACCGGCUCGAGGAGAAACAAACGCUACGCAGCUGGUUAACGUCAAGCAAGCGAACAGGAAACAGCCAGUGAUCAGGUGAUUUUUUUACACAACCAACAUCUGGGCUUAUUGUGAACUGAUUUGAAGUGGCUUUAUAAAAGUUUGCCAAGUUUAGCAAUUCCUAUCAGUUCAGAAAUGCUGCUACUAUUGCUAACAAACUUAUUAACAACACCAAAUAGUUGCUUCAAAGCAACGAAAGCAGUCGUGAGAGUACGACGAUACCGUUGGAUUUGUUUCAAUUUUCACAUUCUACCUUGUUUUCCCCCUUGCUAAUGUUUAGUCUAUUGGGCAUAAAAUAGUAUUAUUUUUCAUUGCACAAAAAAAACACGCUAACAAAAUUAUAUCAAGAAAUUAAGAGAAAAUUGUUGCCUACUCUGGCAACAUUAUCUAAAAUUAAUAAUUAAUUUAUACAUAUUUUUGUAUUAGUUGCUUUCUAGUGUCACACUAAAAAUGUGCAAACGGUCUUGCAUCUUUGUAUACGCUUACGAUCAUUUCUUUUGAGUUGUUUUCUUUCCACAUGCUGGCGCAUUGAUUUCGCUAGGAAUCGUGUAACGAAAGUGAAAUUUAAACUGUUAUAUUAAAUGCUACUGUCCUUUAUAUAA